AUUCCCUCAUUUUUACCCCUUCAAACUUUUUCCUGUCUCCAUCCAAACCUACUGUCCAACUUUUCUUUCCUAUUUCCUUCAAAGCCUAACCCUUCUCUCUCUCUCUCCAUCUAUCUCUCAAAAACACCAAGAAUGAAGAAUAUUAAUAUAACCACUAACAAAUGAUGAUGAUGAAACAAGUUUGAGUUUGCUUCACCAUUUUAAGGAAAAAAACUUCUCGGAAAUCAAAGCUACUAUAAAAACCAUAUCUAUAGAUAUAUACAUAUAUACAUAUAGCUUUGAAAAUCUAUCCAAUUAUAUUGUUGAAUGAACACUUCACAACUUCACAGUACUAAUCCCAUCAAUCUCAUCACAUUCACAAUCUCAAAAAAAUUCUUCUUCUUGCUUCAUCAUUUUCAGGAACCCUAGAACAACAAUCAAAGAGAUAAAUUCACAACAAUUAACCUUGGAUCUGCAAUGGAUUCAAUUCAACAAUUUAUACAAACAUGUAACAAUGAAAACACCUGCAACUUCAUGAAUACAAUAAGCAGCAGCAGCAACAACAACACAACAAGCUUAACAACAACAACAACAACAACAACCACAGCAAGUGGAAGCUCUUCUUCAUCUGCAGCUUCAACCAUAACCAACACACCGAACAGUAGCAGCCGGUAUGAGAAUCAGAAACGCCGUGACUGGAACACUUUUGGUCAGUACCUCAAGAAUCACCGUCCUCCACUUUCUCUUUCUAGAUGCAGCGGUGCACAUGUGCUUGAAUUUCUCAGGUAUUUGGAUCAAUUUGGGAAAACAAAAGUUCACACACCAAUUUGUCCAUUUUAUGGUCAUCCAAACCCUCCAGCACCAUGUCCAUGUCCUCUAAGGCAAGCAUGGGGAAGCCUAGAUGCACUGAUAGGCCGUCUUCGUGCCGCGUUCGAAGAAAAUGGAGGAAAACCAGAAACAAAUCCUUUUGGAGCUCGAGCAGUGAGGCUCUACCUUCGCGAAGUUCGCGAUCUUCAAUCGAAGGCAAGAGGGAUUAGUUAUGAGAAAAAGAAGAGAAAACGACCACCACAACCACCACCACGGCUACAGCAACAACAAGUUCCACCAACACAAGGUGCAAGUGCAGCUCAAUAGAGAUCCUCAAAUUCCAAAUUCCCUCUCACUUUCUUAUCUUAAUGCAUUUUCUUACAAAAUUUAUAAUUUUAGGGUUUUUUUUGUUUAAUAAUAUGUGAAAGCUGCUAUGAUCUGAAAAAUCAUAUAGUGUUUUGUCUUUGGAUCCUGUUUGGUUGCUGUACACUGAGAUGAAAAAGUGUUAUAAAAUGUGAGAUAUAUCAUUUAUCUACUUUUAAAGAUAUUGCAGACUGUGCUGUGUUUGUGUACUGCUAGUAGAGUGGUAGUGGUCUGAAAAAGUUGAACCGAGUGAGAGUGAGAGUGUCAAUGAAUAUACAUGUAGUACAACAUCUUUGUGAUUCUCACAAUCACAACCAUGGCAUUAUUCAUAUAUAUAUUUAUAUAUCUUUUCA